ACACGCGCAGGUGUUCAUGGAGAGAGGCCCCCAGAGGAUCGGCAGUGUUUAUAAGAAGGCCAUGUUUCGGGAGUACACGGACGCCUCCUACACCCAGCUGGCUCCUCGUCCUGAUUGGCUGGGCUUCCUGGGCCCCAUCCUGCGAGCUGAGGUCGAUGAUGUCAUAAUUGUCCACCUGAAGAACUUUGCAAGCAGGAACUACACCAUGCACCCUCAUGGUGUUUUCUACGAGAAGAACUCAGAGGGGGCGUUCUACCCAGAUAGGACGUCAGGUAAUUUGAAGCAGGACGACUCUGUUCCCCCGGGGGGUAGCUACACAUAUCGCUGGGAGGUCAGACAGGAGUUUGCCCCGACUGAUGACGACGCCAACUGCCUGACUUGGGUCUACCACUCCCACAUAGACGCCCCCAAGGACAUUGCCUCAGGGCUUAUCGGGGCGCUUCUUACCUGCAAGAAAGGAACCCUUAAGGAGGGCAGGGAGCGGAUGAAUGUGUCUGCUCGAACCGAUGUGGACCAGGAUGUGUUCCUGAUGUUCAGUGUGGUGGAUGAAAACCUGAGCUGGUAUCUAAUGGACAACAUUCAGAAAUGUCUUGAUCCAAAAGAAGUCAACGAAGACGACCCAGACUUUGAGGAGUCCAAUCUGAUGCACGCCAUUAAUGGCUUCGUGUUUGGGAAUCUGCCCGCGAUCGAGCUCUGCCAGCACAGAGCUGUGGCCUGGCACUUGUUCGGCAUGGGCAACGAGGUGGACAUUCACUCUGCCUUUUUCCACGGGAACACCCUGCUGGACCGUGGCCACCGCACCGACACCCUCAGUCUUUUCCCCGCGACCUUUGCCACGGCUCAGAUGGUCCCGAAAGCAGUGGGGAAGUGGCUCCUGACCUGCCAAGUUAACGACCACUUGCAGGCUGGAAUGCAGGCCUUUUAUACAGUGCAGUCAUGUGACAGCGAGACUGUCUCCACGGCGACGAGUGGCGUUGUGAGGAAUUUCUACCUGGCUGCAGAGAAAGUCCUCUGGAACUAUGCUCCCUCUGGGAAGGAUCUGACUAGAAAUGCAUCUCUCACUGAAACAGACAGCGCCUCAGAGGUCUUCUUUGGGAGAAGUCAUGGAAGAAUAGGAGGCAAGUAUUGGAAAGUGACAUACAAGGAGUACACAGACAGUACCUUCACCAACCCAAAACCAAAGACACCAGAAACUGGACACCUGGGAAUCUUGGGUCCAGUUCUGAGAGCAGAGGAGGGAGACAUAAUAAAAGUGUCAUUCAUGAAUAAAGCUGAUAGAAACUACAGCAUUGAGCCACAUGGCCUUCAUUAUGACGAACACUUCAAGGGAAGCAGGCAUUAAUGGUAGACUGUACGGAAACCUCCAUGGACUGGUGAUGACGCAGGGCCAGAAAGUCGACUGGUAUCUGUUGGGGAUGGGCAAUGAGGUGGACAUGCACACGGUCCAUUUCCACGCGGAGACGUUCACCUACAAGACGGAUCGUGUGCACCGCGCAGACGUGUUCGAUCUGUUCCCUGGGACUUUCCAAACGGUGGAGAUGGUGGCGGGUAACCCGGGGACGUGGUUACUUCACUGUCACGUAACUGACCAUAUCCAUGCUGGGAUGGAGGCCACGUUCACCAUUGAAAAUAAAAGCUCAACCAAUCGAUCUGCAAGAGAUGCUGCUCCUGGACUGGAAUUCUCCCUAAAGAUGCUUCUCUUCUCACUAGGAUUUGCUUUUUUACUAGCUGGGACUCAUCUUUCCUGAUAAAAAAAAACUCAAAGGACAGGGAGUGAUGCAAGUCAUCACCAUGGAUUUGUACUCAUUUCUGUAAAUAGAACUUGUUUUUCAACCAACAUACACUCCUGCUUACAUUUCAAGGUCCUUACAUUCAUCAGAAAUUCUGCUAAUUUAAAGAAAACUGUUGCAUUUUUUAAUUGCACUGAGGAGACUACUGACAGGGGAGCUCCAAUUUUUUUAAGUAUUGUAAAAAAUAUUGGGGAGCUUAAGUGUGCAAUAAAUACAUUUAUUUAAA